CUCCGCUCAGCGCAGGGCCUUGUGGGCGCCUAGGCGGCCGGAACGGCUGCGACCCGCCGACGGGAGGGCCUCGGAGGUGCGGUUCCCUUUUUAGACACCGGCUGAGGGAAUCGCUCCGAUGCUGUUCGCAUAUAAUGCUUCAGAGGACGUUAUCGUAGAAAACUCCAUCCGGGCUGUUGAAACCACAGGAUUUGUUCCUGACCUUCCUGAAAAAUGUCCAAGCAACAGCCUGCUCAGUUUACCAAUCCAGAAACCCCUGGCUAUGUUGGAUUUGCAAACCUUCCCAAUCAGGUUCACCGCAAGUCUGUGAAAAAGGGGUUUGAGUUUACUCUCAUGGUGGUUGGUGAAUCUGGAUUGGGAAAAUCUACAUUAAUAAACAGCCUCUUCUUGACAGAUCUCUACCCAGAAAGAAUCAUCCCAGGAGCUGCUGAGAAGAUUGAACGCACUGUGCAGAUUGAAGCCUCCACAGUUGAGAUUGAAGAGAGAGGUGUGAAGCUACGGCUGACAGUUGUGGACACACCAGGCUAUGGCGAUGCUAUCAACUGUCGAGACUGUUUUAAGACCAUAAUCUCUUACAUCGAUGAGCAGUUUGAGCACUAUCUGCACGACGAGAGCGGCUUGAACAGAAGGCACAUCAUAGACAACCGAGUUCAUUGCUGCUUCUAUUUCAUCUCGCCCUUUGGGCAUGGCCUGAAGCCUCUGGAUGUUGAGUUUAUGAAGGCCAUACACAACAAAGUAAACAUUGUGCCAGUGAUUGCAAAAGCUGACACACUUUGUCUGAAAGAGCGAGAAAGGCUGAAGAAACGGAUUCUGGAUGAAAUAGAAGAGCAUGGCAUCAAGAUUUAUCACCUGCCUGAUGCAGAAUCAGAUGAAGAUGAAGAUUUUAAAGAGCAGACCAGACUGCUAAAGGCCAGCAUUCCAUUUUGUGUAGUGGGAUCCAAUCAACUCAUUGAAGCCAAAGGUAAAAAAGUUAGAGGCCGACUCUACCCAUGGGGUGUUGUUGAAGUGGAGAAUCCAGAACAUAAUGAUUUUCUGAAGCUGAGGACCAUGCUAAUCACUCACAUGCAGGAUCUCCAGGAGGUUACCCAGGAUCUUCACUACGAGAACUUCCGCUCUGAGAGGCUCAAACGUGGUGGCAGGAAAAUAGAGGAAGAAGAAGUAAAUAAAGACCAGAUUCUGCUUGAAAAAGAAGCUGAACUUCGUCGCAUGCAGGAGAUGAUUGCUAGGAUGCAGGCACAGAUGCAGCUGCAGAUGCAAAGUGGAGAAGGAGAUAACACUGCAGUUCAUGGACACCCUGUCUAAUCUGAACAUUUUGUACUCUGACUGAAAGAAGACCUGGAGUUGAGUUGUGGUGGUGUUCCAGCAGAAAGGAUGCCUUUUGCUCCACACGUGACUGGGAGUUUGGUUUAGAGUUUAAGAUGGAAAUGCAUUGCAGUCACUUUGGUGAUAAGUAUUUCACAACAUGUAAUCUCUUGGUAUUUUUAUAUAGUCUACACAGCUGACUUUGGCUUUGUUUAGUAAUUCUUCUACUGAGUUUAUUUUCAGGUUUUCAUUGUAUUAGGAUACAAAAGUAGAAAUUGAAACUUUUCUAGCUUGGUACAACAUUAGGGGUUUGUUUUUUCAGUCCUUUUUAAAUCUGGUUUUAUUAGCUCCCUGCUUUUAACUUUGUAUUACAUUUAGAAAUAAAUAAGUGGCAGUGACACCUUG